AUGUUAAAACGAUCUUUUAGUAUUCUACCUAGGGUGCUUAAGAGCAAAGACUCAGCAGCUGUGAAGAGAACCAUUCAGUACAUCACUGAAGAUAAGACGUUUAAAUCCAUUCUUGGAGGAUCCAAAGCAGACGAUGAAAACGUGUUUGUGGAUGAUGUUUUAAAACUUUUGAACUCCUCUUUGCCGGAUGUCAAGAAACACCAGAAGACUAUGGACGUUCACUACUCUGUGCUAAUGAACAAGCUUAGAGGUAUGGUAGAUAAAGAAAUCGUUUACGCUACUGUCGAUGUUAAUAAACGUAUUGCUGAUUGUGCUGAUGCAAACGAUCUUUAUCGUCUAAUAUGGGAGAUCCAGAUGGAUCCAUUGCUACGAGAUAAGGCCACUUUGAAGCACUAUUACCACAUUAUCAACAGUCCGAACUUUUCUGUUGCUAAAUGUGCAGAAUUACUCGAUUGCAUAGAUAUGAUCAAAUAUUCAAAGACAGACAUUAUGAUCAUGGCCAUAUACAAAUUAAAUAACCCCACUGUCACAAGCAAAUAUGUGAAGGAGUUAAUUAGCAUAUACCCUUCAUUGAACCAGUUCUCGCAGAAACUUACGUUGAGAAUCCUACGCGGUGCAAAUAGACUCCAGGAACUCUUUGAUACACAAAACGAUCAAAUUCAUACAAUUACAGGUAACCACUCUCAAGUGGUCAUGAUCUUCCAAACCUUGUUCCGCAGUGCUUACAAACUUCCGGAACACCUAAUAGACGAAAGCACUGAACUCACUCCACUACAGAGAUCUUUCUGUUCAAGUGUAAGAGUUUUAUCAGAAUAUUCCUCAGCACAACCAAAACUUGCCAAAUGUUGUUCUCAAAUGGUGAAAGCAUCUUUCAUGAACAAAGUAAGCCAUUGCAAUAAAGAAUCAGAGCAUUCCAUCAAUAUUAAUGAGUAUAAAUUCCUCAAAUACAUGGAAGAAACGUUGGAAGAUUGUCUCAAUAUCGCUGGACUCGACGAUUUCUUCUAUGAUUCCUGCAGGAGGAUCCUAUGCUCGGUGAGAAAGACUUACACCGAAGAAUCUCAACUAAGUCUACGGUUGAUUUAG